ACAUGAUCCAUAAAUGGUUGUGAUGUAUUUUCAACGGGGAUAUCAGAAAAGAUACUCUGGAGUGGUACCUGAAGGCACCACCAGUGUUGUGUGCGCUCUGACUGUCUAUAAGCUCCCCUUUCCUGUCCUCCAUUAUAACUCGGUUCCAUCCCAGCUGUACGGCGCAGGCCCGAAGUAGCGCAGCCGCUCUGAGUCACCCAACUGUUGAUCUAGCUGUGCCUAGCUGAUAAUGGAGGAUCACGGAGUUGACCAGACACAGCACAUGACCACAAUCGAGGCCAGCGCUGUCAGCCAACAGGUUCAUGUAACCACUUUCACUGACACGUCCAUGAUGAGUGCAGAGGAAGACUCAACAUCCUCCCCAGAUGAUGACCCUUACGAUGACACAGAUAUCCUCAAUUCAGCUGGCACUGAUGAGGUCACAGCCCACCUAGCUGCUGCAGGACCAGUUGGCAUGGCAGCAGCUGCUGCUGUAGCAACUGGUAAGAAAAGAAAAAGGCCUCACAUCUUUGAAUCAAACCCCUCCAUCCGCAAAAGGCAGCAAACCCGUCUGCUCAGGAAACUACGAGCAACACUUGAUGAGUACACGACCAGAGUGGGUCAGCAGGCCAUAGUCCUGUGUAUAUCUCCCUCUAAACCCAACCCAGUGUUUAAGGUGUUUGGUGCAGCUCCUCUGGAGAAUGUGGUGAGGAAAUAUAAAGGCAUGAUGUUGGAGGAUUUGGAGAAUGCUCUGGCUGAACAUGCCCCUGCAGGUGGAGAGCUUGCUUCAGAACUACCCCCACUCACCAUCGAUGGCAUCCCUGUGUCAGUGGACAAGAUGACCCAGGCCCAGCUGCGGGCCUUCAUCCCAGAGAUGCUAAAGUACUCAACGGGCCGAGGGAAGCCUGGCUGGGGGAAGGAGAGCUGCAAGCCAGUGUGGUGGCCAGAGGACAUCCCAUGGGCCAACGUCCGCAGUGAUGUCCGGACAGAAGAGCAGAAACAGAGGGUUUCUUGGACGCAGGCAUUACGGACCAUCGUAAAGAACUGCUAUAAGCAGCACGGCCGAGAGGAUCUGCUGUACGCUUUUGAAGACCAGCAAGUCACAACAACAACAACUACACAGCACCACCUGACAGCACAGAGCAUCGCUCACCUGGUGCCCUCGCCAGCUGUAGUACAGACCAUCAACAAUCCUGACGGAACAGUUUCACUCAUACAGGUCGGUACAGGGCACACAGUUGCUACUCUGGCUGAUGCCUCAGAGCUUCCGGGUGUGACAGUGACACAGGUUAACUACUCCACUGUGACUGAUGGAGAGGUACACAUGCUCAACUACAGGCCUACAAUCCAAGAAGGCCAGAUUGUGCACAAUCUUAACUGCAGAAUUGCUAAUGACAGGGUGGAACAGAACUGGGCCACCCUCCAGGGCGGAGAGAUGACGAUCCAAACCACACAAGCGUCAGAGGCCACGCAGGCCGUAGCAUCUCUGGCUGAAGCUGCUGUUGCUGCCAGUCAUGAGAUCCAACCCGGUGCUACCGUCACAAUGGCCCUAAACAGUGAGGCAGCAGCCCACGCUGUGGCGACAUUAGCCGAGGCUACUCUACAAGGUGGCGGACAGAUCGUCCUAGCAGAGACAGCGGCUGCCGUUGGGGCACUAGCAGGGGUUCAAGAUGCCACAGGUCUGGUCCAGAUCCCAGUCAGCAUGUAUCAGACUGUAGUGACCAGUCUCACACAGGGGAAUCGGCCCGUCCAAGUUGCGAUGGCACCUGUUGCAACACGUAUUGAAAACACUGUUACUCUGGAUGGCCAGGCUGUGGAAGUGGUGACGCUGGAGCAGUGACAUCUCAGCUCCUGAAAAAGAGUUGAAGGCACUGAGUGGCCACUUCUGAGCUUCAAUUGUCCUACUGUUUUUUUUUUUUUUUUUGUUUUUUUUCUGAUCCUCUACCCAAGACUUCAAGCUGUGUAUAUUGUCAAUAUAUUUUUAAAAUCGAUCCAUGUGGGGUAUAUAAUAAUAUCAGUGCAUUCUGUUUAUUAUGUAAAGAUAUUAUGUUUGUUGGUGGAUUUUUUUUUUCAUUAUGCCUCAUCUUUUUUAAGUCUGUGAUGUUACGUAUUUAGUAUUUAUUUCCUUAACCUGUACUUCAAACCAACAAUGAACCAAAAAGCCCAGGAGGAAAGCCACCACCACUGUGUAUAUUUGUUAAUUACCAUUUUCUGAAAUAUAUGCGUGCUGUCUGUGCUUCUUCAUGACACGUUUAUGUGUUCUAGUCAGGAAACACAGCCCGUUUUUCCCUUCUAAAUUCACAAUUAUAUUUGUAAAUUUGUUUAUUGUAAUUCGUUUCUGCCCAAAGUCUGAUACUUAAACAUUACUCUGGUGAUAAAAUACUGACCUAACCUCUUGUCUUGUGCUUGACGUUAUCCAUGCACAUGCUCAAAUUUGUGAAGACUCAGGAUAUUUCUGAAGGUUUUUUUUUCUGCUGCACUGCUGAGCUGCCACUUAGUCCACGUACAUUUAUUUACUGAGCAUGGAUUGGUGUAACACUUUGGAAUGUUAUUUUUUUUACACAAAGUCCUUUGUAUGUCAAUUAGUCCUCAUGUAUUUGUACUCUUCGUUACACGAGGUUGCUCACAAUUAAACAUGGACUGAAGUAUUUGUUAUAGAGCCAUUACUGAUAAAAUAAGCUUUUAAAGUGAAAAAUAAAUGCUUGCAAAGUUAAACUCAAAGUUAAACAAUGCUCUGAAUCCAAACAUGUAUUUAAAGAAAUAAUAAAGUCUGGUUAUGAAAUAGACCAGCUGGUGUUCAACA